UCAUUUCUUACCAAGAAACGGCACAAUUGAAAGGUGCCAACAGAAAAAAUCUUUUACUGUCGAACACGAAAAUAUUAUUCUUCGUACAUCUAUCAAGACUGUGCUAAUUUAUUAAUAUUCCUAAAAUGAACUUCGGCUUUUAAUAACUCAAAUAUGGGGUCGUCAAACUUAACGGAUAUCUUUAACGUUUCUGUGUUUAAUCAAAGUGUAGUGACUGAUGGUUUCGAUUUCAAGAUCAACGAAAGCAAACAGUUCUCGACUUACACAGUGGUGGCGUACAUAUUCGGCACAAUCAUAUUCAUGAGCAAUGUUACUGUUGUUAUUUCGAGCGGACUCAUCUUGAAGAAAGGUCAGAAACUGAAGAGUACUUAUUUGCUGCUCGGCAACGUCUCUCUAGCUGACACGAUUAUAGGAGUAUCAGUCAUGUUUGGAGUGAGCAUAGAUGAUCUUAUGAGCAACAAUCGACUGUGCGUUUUUCAAAUCGGUAUGUUGGUAUGCCCAGCCAUGGUGUCGAUAUUCAGCGUGGGUCUUAUUGCCGUCGAUCGCUAUAUUUAUAUUCUACAUGGUCUCUACUAUAAGAGAUGGUUCAACACUACCAAAGUCAGGAUUGGCAUUCUUUGCAUUUGGUUAAUCGGUAUAACCCUUGGAUUCUUGCCUGCAACUGGAUGGGUAAACAGAGAAAUGGAACAUUCGAGAUGUUACUACGUUACACUAUUUCCCGGAGCAUUGAUCCUCCUCAAUUCACUCCUCAGUAUCAUCCCUAUAAUAGUUGUAGCAGUUCUGUACUCCAUAAUCUUAGUUCGAGCCUUGAAAAACGUAAAACAAAUCAAUGCUGCUGUCAAAACUGUUCAAAUAAAUGCUAACUCAAAACCUGAAUUGAGAAUUUACAGGGGCAAUACUAAUAUGAAGAAAAAUGUACAAUCUGUAAAAUAUCCCACUAAUAAAAAUAAUGGAAAAAUUCAAAGAAGCAUGUCAUUUAGUGGAAGCUGUAAUAAAGAUAACUCUAACUGUAAUAGGUUUCGACAUAAAUCUAACAGCAUUGACGAGAUUAGCGAUAAUCAAAAAUAUUCUCGUAAUUUAGAGUAUGACACAUCUCAUAACAGUAUCGUGAAAAGUGAAUCUAAUUUAACUAUUUGUACUAUCAGUUCUAGCAUACCCGAAAAAAGUGAUUUUGUUUCCAACAGAAAAACACACGUAAAGACAAAUGGUACGAAUCAAGAAACUAAACAGCAAAUAAAUAAAAGAAAAGUCAAAGAGCCAAACAAAUGGAGAGCAAUUAUAGUAGUGAUGUUAACUUCGGGUAGUUUUAUAUUUACUUGGAUGCCGUAUUUUAUUACUGUGAUAUUUUUUGUAUUCUGCAAAGAGAAACUUACUAAUCCUCAUACUCUAGUAGAAAAAAUGGUACGCGCAAUAGCGUAUCUACUGCUCUUUGCAACGGCAGUACUAGCCAAACAUGAACAAUAUGAAGGCCAUCUCCUGUAUCAGUUAUCGGGUCCAUCAGAAGAUAUAGCUAGCUUAGAAGGCCGUUUAGACAUUCUUUCAGCAACACCUGCACAUAGGUCAGAAUCCAAAAAGCUUGAGGCUUUAGUGCGACUUUCUCCUGAAGAAGAACUGGAAUGGUUACCAUUCUUCGAAAAAAAUCAAAUUGGGUACAAAUUGGUUUCGAAUAACUUAGCGAGUAUUCUACGUCAUGAAGAGUUCCAAAAUGCUCAAGCUAGAAAUGCUGCUGAUCGAAACAGCACAAUUACUUGGGAUGCUUAUUACAAUUCAGAAACGAUUAACAAGUACUUGGAUGAAAUUGGUGCAAAGUACCCUGAUAUUGCCACAGUUAUUAACGCCGGUUUGAGCUACGAAGGCAGACAAAUUAAAUACUUGCGAAUUUCUACGACUCGCUUCGAGAACCUUCGCAAGCCUGUGAUAGUGAUUGACGCAGCUGCACACGCAAGGGAAUGGGUCACACCACCGGUAGCUUUGUAUCUAAUCCAGCAAUUAGUUGAACGACGUGAAAGUGACCUGACUGAUUUAAUCGACUGGAUCAUUAUUCCCAUGGUCAAUCCAGAUGGUUACGAGUACACGCUAAAUGAGAACCGUUUAUGGAGAAAAACUCGAUCCAGGUCUCACGAAGGCAGUGACGAAUGCCCUGGGGUCGAUAUCAACCGCAACUUUGAUAUUGGCUGGGGUACUGUAGCCGCUAAUUCCAACCCUUGCUCGAUCAUCUUCGAAGGACCUUCUGUUUUCUCGGAACCUGAAACUCGUAUCGUAAGAGAUGCGGUCUAUUCUAAUUUGGAGCGAACCUAUCUCUAUAUCUCACUUCACAGUUUUGGAAAUAUGUUCUUGUAUGCUUGGGGAAACGGUUCUCUUCCGUCUAAUGCUCUCUCCCUUCAUGUGGCCGGCAUACAAAUGGCAACAGCAAUUGACAAGCUUAAGCUAGACAAAGCUCCAUACUACGUCGUCGGAAAUGCCGCCAAUGUUCUAUACUUUACCACUGGUACCUCUCGUGACUGGACUCGCUUAGUUGGUAUCCCCCUGACAUAUACUAUGGAGUUGCCCGGCUAUGAGUACCAAUUCGUCGUCCCACCAUCGUAUAUCAGACAAAUCAUCACAGAAUCUUGGGCAGGAUUUGUUGCUGGUGCCCGUUACGUUCUAUCUAUUAGAUAGAGUUAUUGUCAAUUACGGUAACCUUAAAAGGAUCAAAUAA